AUGUUAGUACUUGCUUCAAUUGAUCGAUAUUGUUCAAGUUCAUUGAAUGCUCAACGACGAAAUUGGAGUAAUAUUCGAAUGGCUCGAAAAGCAACAUUAAUUAUGUUAAUUAUAAUUGCAAUAUUCAUGAUAGGUAUUUUAAUAUCAUUUGAUAUUAGAGAUAAUGGUUCUCUUUCAUGUUCGAGCACUUCAGAUAGUCUUUUCAAUCAAAUAUAUCUUAUUAUGGAAGU